AUGUCGAUUUCUUGGCUGGGUUUCCAAGCGAUUCUAGCGUUCAUAUCCAGCAUUCCGUCGUCUGUAGCUUUGGAUAACGGUGUGGGACGUCUUCCAUUCAUGGGUUGGAACACCUGGAAUGCGUAUUUUUGCAACAUCAACGAAACCCUCGUUUUGGAAUCAGCGCAAUAUUUGGUGUCGUUAGGCCUCGCCGUGAGUAAUUCAACGUCACCUCUGCUGCAUCACUUCAACAACAUCGACCAGGAUCUAGGUUACGAGUAUGUGAACAUAGAUGAUUGCUACGCCGAGAGGAAUCGAAGCUCUAGUGGCGACAUUCUUGCCAGCGCGGAUCGUUUCCCUUCAGGAAUGAGGAAUCUCACGGAUCAAAUACAUGCGCUAGGACUGAAAACAGGAAUCUACAGCGACUCUGGAUGGUUCACUUGCCAAUUAUACCCGGGCUCAUACCAGAACGAAGAUAGAGAUGCAAGGCUCUUUCAGCAAGAAUGGGGCUUUGACCUUCUAAAAUUUGAUAACUGUGCCGUACCCUUUGAUGACAUAAUCAAGGAAGGCAUGGUUGGCAAAUAUUCGCGAAUGGCAGAAGCAAUCACCAACCUUGCGGACGAGACAGGCAAUCCGCCAUUAUUGUUUUCCAUAUGCGAAUGGGGCCGACUUCAACCGCAGUUGUGGGCGAGACGAUACGGACAGUCCUGGAGGAUGACAGACGAUAUCGGCGCGAAUUGGGCUUCGAUCGCUAGCAUUAUCAAUUCGAUCUCUUUUCAUUCGUGGGCGUCCGAUUUCUACGGCCAUAAUGAUUUGGAUAUGCUUCAAAUUGGCAACGGCGAUCUCAACUAUGAAGAAUCCAAAACCCAUUUCACUGUUUGGAGUUUGGUCAAGUCUCCACUCCUUAUCGGAACUGAUCUUUCUACAGUGUCCGAGCAAAGUCUGAGCAUCUUCAAGAAUUCUGAAAUCAUUGCUAUUAACCAAGACCCAGUCGUCGGUACUGGGGUGGUACCAUUCAGGUGGGGGAUCAACGCUGACUAUACUUUCGAUCCUACACAUCCAGCUGUGUUCUGGAGCGGAGAAAGCCAGAAUGGGACGGUCUUCAUGCUGAUCAAUUCUUUGGACGAACCAGCAGACCUCUUCUUCAACUUGACAGAAUCUCCAUGGAUUCGUGCUGGUAGACAGUAUUCUGUUAGGGAUUUAUGGAUGCACACGAACAAUGGGACCGCCGUCCGUAACUUCACUGCUACAGCCGUCCCACCACAUGGAGUCGUAGCUCUUUUAUUGAAGGAUGCAGGCGAUGAGCCGAAAGGUCUACUGCCGAAGUGUGCUUUCUACGAGUGGUGGUCGGAUACGUGGUGUAUCGACCGGAAUGGUACAAGGGUGCCGUCUUGA